ACCUUUUUCGUUGGUUUGCCAAACCGCCAUAAAACACCAGAAGAAGAAGAAGAAGAAGGAUGAGAGAGAGCGUUGCGUCACUGGAAAAGCAAAACACAGCAGGUCUGAAGACAGUGACGUGGCCACGGGACAAAAAACACACACGGGGCAAAAGGAUAGUGUGAUGAGUUAAGAUGUCAGACAACGAAAGCUCAGCAAGUGACCAUUCAGAAAAAUCAAUGGACCAAGAGUCCAGCGAACCCUCCUCACCUGCUGGAGAUGACCCCUCCUCACCUGCUACAACUGACCCCUCCUCACCUGCUCCAGCCGACCCCUCCUCACCUGCUCCAGCCGACCCCUCCUCUGAUAGUUCUGCUGAUGUGGCUCCAGCCCCUAAGACCAGAAAGAGACCAGAACAUAAACCUGCACCUGAAGAGCAGAAGACCUCAGAUACACCACAACCAGCAGAAACUGCACCAAAAUCCUCCACAGAGACAACUGUAUCUCAGGGAGGAUGGGGUUACUGGGGCAGCUGGGGUAAAUCUAUUAUUUCCACUGCUACUGCCACUGUAGCCACAGUAGGUCAAGGGUUGUCAAAUGUCAUUGAGAAAGCAGAGACAUCACUUGGAAUCCCAAGCCCUGAGGAGCUUUCUGCUCAAGUGGAGGAGGAGAAAGAAAAGGGUGGUUCAGCCAGUAGUGAGGCAAAUAAAGAUGAAGAGGAAAGGUCCUCUGGAAUAAGUGGUGCUAUGGGAAUGAUCUCCUCCUUAUCCAAUGUAGUACAGAGUACGGGUAAAACCGUAAUAAGUGGUGGUCUGGAUGCAUUGGAGUUCAUUGGUAAGAAGACUAUGGAUGUGAUAGCAGAGGGAGACCCAGGCUUUAAGAAAACAAAAGGGCUGAUAAACAGAAACACAACGCUGUCACAGGUCCUGAGGGAGGCAAAGGAACGCGAGGAGCAGCAGACAGCUGAAAACGUCACCUCGGACACCGAGAGAAAGGCUCAUUAUGGGAUGUUGUUUGAUGAGUUUCAAGGCCUGUCCCAUCUGGAGGCUUUGGAGAUUCUCUCUAGGGAGAGUGAUACUAAGGUGAAAUCAGUGUUGACCACUUUGUCAGGUGAAGAGUUAAGCAAACUGAGAGAAGAGCUAGAGGAAAUUAAAGAGCCGUUUUCCCUCACAGAGUUUGAUGAUGAGGUGGAGGACGAUACAAGAGGUGAUGGAGAAGAGUUUAUAAAGGAACUGACAGAUGUUCUCCAAAGUUUACACAUUUCCACAUCAGCAGACAAACUUAGCAAGGCCAGAAAGAACGCAUUCAACCGUAUCACAAACCUAAAACUACAAAGUGAAAAUCCACAGCAGGAGGAACAGGAGGAGAAAGAACAAGAAAUGACAGCCAAAAAAUGCAGUGUUGAGGAGGCCCAUUUGUCUGCCAUUACAAGCUUGGCCGAGUUCACAGCAAGAUCCAUAGAGCAGUUUCACAAAACAGCCGAACUACUGCUUCACUGUAACACCGAUGAAGCCAGCGCUGCAGAACAAGCCAAAGUCUUAUCACAAGUGACCAUUAUUAUGUGCAAGGAGAUAUCAAUACUAUCCAAAAAGUUCACAUCAGGCUUGACUACCAUUGGGGGAAACGAAAAGGGCGAAGUUCUCAAUCCACUUAUUACUAGCGUCUUCCUGGAGGCUUCAAACAGCGCAUCGUACAUCCAGGAUGCAUUCCAGCUCUUAACGCCAGUGCUCGAAGUGUCUCAUAUUCAAAGGACAGUGGAGUCUGCACAGCGAUAAACACUUUUCUGUGUCAACACAGCAUAUUAACCAGCAUGCAUCAUCAUCAACACCUGAUGGAAGCGAUAUCAUGUGUGGUUAUCCACUCAGGUAGAUUUGGUAACCACAUAUCAUGAAUCAAAGCUUUAGUUGAUUGGUAACUAACUGUAAAUACACAGCGUUGUUGGCUCUUUUCUAUUCGAGUAUAUUUUGGAAUAGAUUCAACGUGAGAAGUCUCCCUAUAACUGACAGUCUAUAGAAGUAUACUGUUAUUUAAUUGUAUGUCUCUAGGGUUUUGUUCACAGACAAGGCUUGGCUAAAGCAAGACUAGGCCUUAGUAAAAUUAAGAUGGCACUGGGAUAUUUAAAGAUUUGUCAGUGCAAGUUAUUUUCAGUUGAGACGGCUCAAACAGGACUAGCCUUGAGCCUGUGAAACCGGAGGUUUAUGUCUAAUUGAAUAGAUAUCAUCUUUUUAAAAUCUUUAAUAGUUAUAUUGCUCUCAAAAAUUUGUUUAAGGAAGUUAUAUCAGUAUUAAUUGCCAAUUGUUUUUUAAAUAAACUAUUGUCAGGUGUCUUCUGGAUUAUUGAGCUUGGUGUGGACAUACAUUUAUUAUACCACAUAGGGGCAGUUUCUCGGACAGGGCUCUGCAAAACAAUAAGCCAUAAGUGCGGUGGUUCUCACACUUUUUGGAGUGGACAACUUUUGUGUUUGUCCCCCACCCAAGGAAACUUUAUGAUAUAAAACAAUCUUAAUCUUAAAAUUUGAAUUAAACAAAAUGUAUUGGGGCGGUUUCCCAGACAGGGCUUAUCCUAAUCCCAGACUAAAAUGCAUGUUUGAGCUGCCUUAAAGGGACACUCCACUUUAUUUUUGAAAAUAUGCAUUUUUCAGCUCUCCUAGAGUUAAACAUUUGAUUUUUACCAUUUUGGAAUCCAUUUAGCUGAUCUCUGGGUCUGGCGGUACCACUUUUAGCAUAGCUUAGCAUUAUCCAUUGAAUCUGAUUAGACCAUUAGCAUCGCGCUGAAAAAUAACCAAAGAGUUUUGAUAUUUUUCCUAUUUAAAACUUGACUCUUCUGUAGUUUCAUUGUUUACUAAGACCGACAGAAAAUUAAAAGUUGCGAUUUUUCUAGGCAGAUAUGUCUAGGAACUAUACUCUCAUUCUGGCGUAAUGAUCAAGGACUUUGCUGCUGUAACAUGGCUGCAGAAGGCGCAAUGAUAUUACGCAGCAGCCGAAAAUAGUCCCCUUAGUAACUUUCGAUGGCAGGGGACUAUUUUCGGGCACUGCGUAAUAUCAUUGCUUUUGUAAGGUAUGUAAAAACUACUUUAAUGUCCUAAUAUAACUAAGGCCUAGUCCUGGAUUAAUCUAAACCCUGUCUGGGAAACUGCCCCAUAAAUUGCUACAUGGUUUGGUAUCUAUAUGUUUAUAGAUAUAUAAAAAACAUUGUAUAUUUUCUGAGGUUUGAUUAAAUGUAUAAUGUCUUUUAUAAAAUGUCAUUAAACUGGGGCCCCCUGGCACCAUCUC